AUGAAUCAAUAUCUAAAACAAUCUUCACAAUUAGAAAAUAAAAUCGAACAGAAAUUAAUAACGUUUUCAAAUCUUGCCUCCAAGAUUGAAGAGGAGCUGUUCCAGAACCCAACACCAUCAUUGAACAAUAUUUCUUCAUCUGAAGAAUUGUUUAAAAAGGUAUCGGAGGAAAUUGAUCACUUACUAAAGGAGCUCCGAGAGGUGAAUGACAAAAUGAAAGAAUUUAUUAAUGAUGAAAAUAAUCACUCCUUGAUAACAUCAUCAACAGUUUAUCAAUAUGAUCAGCAUUUAACAAUAUAUAACAACUGUAAAAAAGAAUAUAGAACAAUCAAACAACGAGUGUCCAACAAGAAAAAUAGAAAUGAUUUAUUAUAUUUAUCAGACGAAGAUGUAGAAAAUAAUGAAAACGAUUCUUUAUUAGGAUUAAACAACAGGUUUGGAUCAGACAUUCAACGCAUGAGAGAUGCAAACACUAGAAUGCAAAAUUUAAUAACCCAAGGUCAAUACUCGAAAGCAACUCUUGAGGAGCAAAUGGAAAUGUUUAAAAGUUUCGAUCACGUGCUGAACGGAAUGAAAGCUCGUUUCCCUGCCAUUGAUGGUCUGCUUACGAGAAUUCAACAAAAAAAUAGAAGAGACAUGAUCAUUCUUGCAUUUGUGAUUGCAGCCUGUAUUAUCACUCUUUUAUUACUCACCAUUGCUCCUUAG